AUGGUACACCCUGCUCGUCCACAGCUCGUGAAACCGAAUGAGCUGGAGUCUGCACUCGCACGCCCGCUCAAUGUCGCCGCGUACGAGCCGGGCCGCCAAGCUGCAUACUUUGCUGCUACUCUCUCGUACGGUAUCAUUGCUGGGCAUCCGUUCCUCGACGGCAACAAACGCACAGCAUUCUUCCUCGUGAACGAAUACCUGUGUGCGCAGGGCCUCUCAGGCCUACUUGACAAAGGAAAGGAUAGCGAAGUCUCUGAAGGCUUAGUGGACAUAGCGGAACAUCACAUCAAUGUCGCGGCAGGAAAGCUGGGCGUGGAGGGUCUACUCGGCCCUUCAGCACCUAGAGAACCACCUUGA